AUGGCGACCGGAGUUCUUAUUAACAGGUUUCAUAGUCAGGGAGAUGACAUGGAAAAGAAGCAAGUGAAGGGAUUUUUAAAGUACUUUUCAGCAAGUUUUCUAUGGGGAUUUUUUCAAACAGGGUACCAUCUCAAAGGAAACGGGAACAACUCAGAAUCUUAUACAAAAAGAUCGUCAUCUGCUGAAAUACAUAAUUUUAUAAAUAAUGCUACAAAGCGGCAAGAUGAGAUUGAGAAAAUGAAAGAUAAAGUUCUUCGAACGUAUGCAAAUAUGGAAAACAUCAUGGACAGGACCAAAAGAGAGACAGAUAACUCUAAAAAGUUUGCAAUUCAGAAUUUUGCAAAGAGUUUACUGGAUGUUGCAGAUAAUCUGGAUAGAGCUUCUUCGGUUGUAAAAGAGAGUUUUGCUAAGAUCGAUGCAUCUAAGGACACUACUGGAGCCGUUCCGCUUUUAAAAACGCUUCUUGAAGGCGUCGAGAUGACCGAAAAACAGCUAGCAGAGGUUUUCAAGAAAUUUGGAGUGGAGAAAUAUGAUCCAACAAACAAGGAGUUCGAUCCACACAGGCAUAAUGCAGUGUUUCAAGUGCCAGAUAAUACCAAGGCUCCCAAUACUGUUGCGGUUGUUCUCAAGGCAGGAUACACGCUCCAUGAUCGAAUAAUACGACCUGCUGAAGUUGGUGUGAUCAUAAAGGCGGAAUAAAGUAACAGAUGC